CCUGCCUUCCCAUUCCCUGUCCAGAGUCUUUGGUGGUUGUGGGUGGGCAUCUUUGAUGAAGUAACAUCAUCUUCCUUGAUGUUCACUGCUUGACCCUUUCUUCUGGGCAGGUGCAGUGGAUGUUUGGCUUUCUCUCAUGUCAGUUUGUCCUGGCAAAAACCAGGAGCCAGGUUCUUGCUGGAUCCUUAAGCCUAAGGUUCUGCUUUAUGGAUUUCAACAAUACCUGAGUCUUGCUUAACUAAGUUUUCUUAUCUUUAUGGCCUUUACCUAGCAACUAAAUUCUUAUGUGUUCUGUUACAAGUUGUCUCUACUUAGCAGGUUACAUCCCAGUUACAAACUGUGUUCUGUACUUUGGCAAAUUUGUGGAAUAAGCUAUAUAUAUAUAUAUAUAUAUAUAUCUGUUUUCUUCUACCUGCCUAAGUACAUUAUAUGCUUCUAAAAUUCUGAAUUUUCAUAUACAUAUAUAUUUUCCAUAUCACAGUUCUCCCAAGAAGCUCUUGCACCAGGCCUAGUUUCUGCCAGACACUCAGGCUGCAUCUGGGAUGUUCCCUUAAGAGCUGAUUGCUCCCAGCUGCUCAUACAGCACAGGCACUCAGGGCUGAUGAUCUACACCUGGUCUAGAGGCAUUGGAGCCCCAGCAUUCAAAGGUUCCACCACACAGAAGUGCCUGUUUGUCAACUGCCCACAGGCACCUGUACUUGUAGGCACACAGUUUGUGGUGAUUGGGAGUGGGGCUGUGUGAGCCUCAUCCCCAAUGGGCACAGCUGUGAGCAGCACUGACAGCAAUGAGCCCUGGAGUGCCCAGGGGCACUGACCAACCACCAAAGGGAGCAGAGGGCACACAGGUGCAAUGCAUCAACAUGAGGGGUAUAAAAGGCUGGGCUGAAAAUCCAGGAGGGCAGCUGCUUGCAGCCUUCUGAAGUGGCAUGGUGUUACUCUGUAUGGGUUGAAGCUUUCUGAAAUUGUGUGGUGACACCCUGUGUAUUGUGGCUGUCUCAACUGCAAUGUGUGCUGUGACACAUAGAAUCGUUUAACUGCAUUGCUGUGCGCUCCGUUUGUGAUGUGUGGUGCAGUCACAGCGAUUAGGUUGCAUUAGGUCAGUGAAGCAGAGUGCUUUUCUGCUGGGUUUUGUCAUGUUUGCUCUUCAGCACUGAUGCCAACCUCAGGGGGCAAAAGACACAUUCCUGAGGCAUCCUUAGGGGCUUGCCUGGUCUCUGAAAAGCACAUCUCUGUAGCUCAUGCUUCAAAUUGUCUCCCAAAACUGAAGUGCACUGGAAAAUGCUGUCUUUCCUAAGUGGGUCCUCCACACAAAGCUUCCUGUUUGCAUUGUCCCAGAACCCUGUGUCCCAGUCAGUGCUAGUUGUGUGGGCUGUUCACUGAGCACUGCUAAAACCUAUUUGCAUCACAGAUUUCUCCCCAAGGGAUCAAUAUGCCUGUAUAGGAAGAUGUUUUCAUCAGGGGAAAAAAAAAAAAGUGUGAAGAAGUCCAUCUGUUUAUGAAUGCUAUCAGAGAAACAGUGAGAUGGUUAAAAACAAGAUUCUGUACAAACUGAGAUAAUGCAGCAAUGUCUUCAAGUCCCUCUUUAAAGCGUUCUUUUUGACUCAGUGGCUUUCCAGUUGCUAACUUCCAUUACUUGGGAAGCCAUAAAUGGUGGCAUUUGUCACUAAGCUCUUAUCUUGAUGUUGUUUGAGUGUACCAAGGUUAAACAAUUCAGCAUUUUCCUUUUACUUAGUUAAAUAUGUACCAAUACUGCUGCUUUAUUCUGCACACAUCUUCAGGAGCAUGGUUGAUGAAAAGAGAGAAAGCACUCUACGUGUCUUGACCUUAACCUCAUAACUCCACCUUUGAUAGUCUUUGAAAGGAACUCCUCUUAAAUUUCCAUUAAAGUCAGGACUCAGUAGUUUUUAAAACAGAUCCUUGAGUCUGAGCAGUAAAGUCAAUCUACUCUUCAUAAUUUUAUUAUAAAAUAUGCUUUGCACUUUUUCCUGUCUUUUGAGCAGAACUUUCUAUUUCCUUCCUCAACAUUCUUUCCAUGCUUUCUUUUGUUCCUAAACAUGUCAAGUCUUCCUCCUUGUCAGUUCUCAUUGAAUAGAAAAUUAAUAUUUUGCCUCUUGGCAUGAUUGUCCCUCACCUCUUCUUUGUCUAUGUGGGAUCUCAAAUUCUGUGGUCUGAAUUUCCUCAAGUGCUGGACUACACUAAUUUGUCUCCAUGAAAUUCUGUCCAUGAGACUGACUGGAGUGUAUAUUUUCAAAAAAUAUGUUGUAAAAUGGGGCUGCAUUACUUUUUUUGCUUUCAGGCACUAAUUUUGUACCAAGGACACUUACAGGAUUUGAACAUCUCUGUUUCAAGGCCCCAUGUAAUCAUCUUAAAGCCACAGUAUGAGAAGGGAUUUUUUUGUCAUUUAAUUUGUAUUUCAGCAUUCACUGCAGUAACUUUGGACUGUGUAAUCUUUGUUAGCAGAUGUGAAAGUUUUUUCUCAGAUAUUUUAUUUAUUCCUCAACUUAACAUCUCUUACUGAGAUUCUUGCUAUGUAGUUCUCUCGAUUUAUCUUAUUGAUAGAUUGUUUAAAAAAAAAAAGCCAAGUACAGCAUUUUUGAGAUGAAGUACUAGAAAUUGUGGGAGGAGAUGGUAAGAGCACAGUGUUCAUAGGUGGAGCUAGUAGGAAUGAAGAGACAAUCUUUGGGCUCACACCAGGUUAAACUAUUUGAUUUGAGAACCAUAUACACAACACAGAUUGUAUAAAUUUCUCCAGGCAAAGAGUAGAUAGUUGAUGGAAAAUGUAAGUGAGAAUAGAGCAAUAGUCCCAUGUGGUUUGGAGGUAAAUUACUUCAAAGCUGAGUAUUUCAUAUUCUUGUAUUAGAAAAUCUGUUGACACAUAUUUGUUUUCUAGGUUAAGGACAACCACUGCUUUGGUAUGACUGCCUGGAUACUCAGGUUUCCUCUGGACACAGCAAUCCAAGGCAAAGGCUGGUGGAUGCCCUGGCCAGUGGGAUCUCCAUACCCUAACAAGUUCAGGCAAAUUAUGCCCCCUAUUUUUUUGAUAAUGGAGCCAGAAGCACAAAUGGGAACAUGGCACUUCUCAGCCUUUCGGAGGACACGCCUGUUGGUAGCCACGUGUACACUCUGAAUGGAACUGACCCAGAAGGAGAUCCUGUGACAUAUGGCCUGACCUAUGAAGCUGGAUCAAGGCGUUACUUUUCUGUUGACAAGAAUCUUGGAAAUGUUACUUUGAUCGAGGAGCUUGACAGAGAGAGGGAAGAUGAGAUUGAAGUUAUUGUCAGUAUUUCAGAUGGCCUGAGUACAGUUUCUGAAAAAGUCAGGAUCCUUGUAAUGGAUGCCAAUGAUGAGAGCCCAGAGUUCAUCAACACACCUUACAUAGUCCAAGUCCCAGAGUGCUUUUACAUUCUUUCCACCAUCACUCUCUUUUUCUGCCUCCCUGCAUGUUCAUUUUUCAUUUCUUUUACCUCACCUGGUUUUCUGUUUCUGUGUGACUCUGCUAACUCUUUCUGGUCACAGAACACUCCCUCCAGCAGCAGCAUCUUUAAGAUUGAGGCAAUAGACAAAGACACGGGUUCUGGAGGAAGCAUCACCUACUUCUUGCAGAACAUCCAUGCUAAUAAGUUUACGAUAGACCGUCACAGCGGCGUCCUGCGCAUCAAACCAGGGGUCACCCUGGACUACGAGAAAUCAAGAACACAUUUUGUUGUGGUUGUAGCCAAGGAUGGUGGUGGGAAGCUCAGGGGAGACAACAAAGUCUUCUCAGCCACAACAACAGUUACUAUCAAUGUGGAGGAUGUUCAGGACACCCCUCCUAUGUUCAUCGGGACUCCCUACUAUGGAUAUGUCUAUGAGGACACAGUCGCAGGCUCUGAGGUCCUUACUGUUGUUGCUCUUGAUGGAGACAGAGGAAAGCCUAACAGUAUUCAUUACUGCAUCGUGAAUGGAAGUGAAGGUUCAUUUGAGAUCAGCAACACAACUGGAGCCAUUUCUGUGAUAAAAAGCCCAAAUCAGCUCAAGAAAGAAGUGUAUGAACUAAAAGUUAAGGCAUCAGAAGUCAGUCAAGAAGGAGACAUCUCUGAGCACACAUUUGCCAUGGUGACCAUACGGGUGGUGGACCUCAACAACCAUCCACCAACAUUCUAUGGAGAAAAUGGUCCCCAGAACAGGUUUGAGCUGACCAUGUAUGAGCAUCCCCCAGAGGGUGAAAUCUUACGGGGAUUGAAGAUUACAGUCAAUGAUUCAGAUCAGGGAGCCAAUGCUAAAUUCAACCUCCGUCUUGUUGGACCUGGUGGCAUCUUUCGAGUGGUUCCUCAAACUGUCCUGAAUGAGGCUCAGGUUACAAUAAUAGUGGAAAAUUCUGCUGCCAUUGACUACGAAAGCUUCAAGGUGUUAACCUUCAAGCUUCUUGCAAUAGAGGUGAACACACCAGAGAAGUUCAGCUCGACGGCUGACGUGGUGAUUCGCUUGCUGGACACCAAUGACAAUGUCCCCAAGUUCUCCUCUGACUACUACAUUGCCAGGAUCCCUGAGAACUCCCCAGGGGGCUCCAAUGUAGUUGCUGUUACAGCUACAGAUCCAGAUUCAGGACUUUGGGGAGAAAUCAAAUACUCUAUCUAUGGAACAGGAGCAGAUCUGUUUCUAAUCCACCCAUCAACAGGUAUAAUUUACACCCAGCCCUGGGCUGUGCUAGAUGCUGAAGUGAACUCAAAGUACAAUUUCUAUGUGAAAGCAGAGGACACAGAUGGGAAAUACAGCUUGGCUGAAGUGUUUAUCACCGUGCUAGAUGUCAAUGACCACUCUCCAGAGUUCAAUGAAAACAUCCAGGAGAAGACAAUGAUCAUUGGGUCACCGGUGAAGAUAGAGGCCAUAGACCAAGAUGCAGAAGAACCCAACAACAUUGUGGAUUAUUCCAUCAUGCAAGCAGAUCCAGCCAAUGUGUUUGACAUAGACCAAAGCACUGGGGAGAUCAAGCUGAAAUCCUACAUCCGAUCUCUGGACAUCAUCCACAACAUCACAAACAACAAAGACUGCAUAUGGUCAUUGGUGGUCCAGGCCAAAGACCGAGGCUCCCCGUCCUUCAGUACCACAGCAGUUCUGAAGAUUGAUAUCACAGAAGAGACUCUUCACAAAGGGCCUAUGGCCGCCUUUUUGAUGCAAACUAAAGAUAACCCCAUGAAAGCCUUAGGAGUGCUAGCUGGUGUCAUGGGCAUAAUGGUGCUGAUAACUAUCAUGAUCUCUACUGCCAUGUUCUGGCGCAACAAGCGGUCCAACAAAGUCAUGCCGGUGAGAAGGAUCAUAAAAAAGAGACAGGUGCCGCCAUCCCGGACAGUCAGGAUGGAGUGGCUGAAGUUCAAGAGGCCCAGCAACGCUGCAGAGAAGUUUGUGGUUGAGGAGGACGUGAAGAGCCUGCACAAUGAGAACAGCAACAAUAACGUCCAGGUUGUCCCCGUGCCGCCGGCAGCCCCCCUGCCCCCGCCACCCCCUGCCCUGGCUCCCCGAGGCGAUGGCCCGGGGUGGCGGGUGCCAACCGUGUCCGGCUCCCUCACUCCCAAGCAUGUCAUCAAGCCACCAAAGAAGAAAGGUCACAGCAGCACCCACAACGCCCUCGUGUCAGAGCUCAAAAUGAGAUUUGAGAAGAGGAACGCAGCUUUCGGGGAGCCCCAUAUCUAGGUGCUCUCAGCAGCCCCAGAGACUGCAGACUGUGGCUGGGCAUGGAUGUUUUUAUUUGCUGUCUCUUCCCUGUGUCUGUCAGCACCCUGUGAACCAGAGCAGCUUCUCGCUGUCAUAGCCACCCCUCACCUUCUGCAAGCACCAUCGUGACUGCUGUUCCCUCAGCCGUGUCCCACGGGCCCUCCUUGCAGCUGUGUCUGACCACAGUGCUGAGUGUGCCAGCCACAGUCUCCCCAGGUGACCAGGGACUCAGGUUGCCCCUGGUUUGGAGUUUUCUACCCCGAGCUUGGGUUUUCAAACAAGAUGCUCUGCAGCCAAGGCCCUGAUGGAUGCUUCUUCUGACCUGGUCUGGCAGGUGAGUUUGAGGUGUCUGAAAAUCCAUCAAUUCAAAUCCCAGACCCGCUUUUGAAGAUGUUGGCCUGGCUAUGGCAGCAGCACUGAGUCGAGGUGCAGGUCUCCUACAGCAGUGGCACUCCUCUGUCCUGUGCACAAUAUGCUUUGCAGCAGCUGGCAGAGCGAUGUGCUCCUGGCCUGAGUACCUUCAUUCCCAGAAGGUAAGCGGGCAGGCUUGGAGAAGUUCUUCCUUUUCCUGCAGCUUACUCUGGGUUUUGCCAGAGCACAUUGACAUGAUGCUUCUGCCCUGGACUUGCCUGCUGGGGAGAGAUGGGAGGGUCACCUCAGCCUUCCCUGGACCAGCAGGGGCAAGAUUUGAGCAUGGAAGUUCAAUAGCAGCACUCAAUCAGCACUGCCUCCUUCUGACACUGCGCCCCAAAAGAGCAGGAGCCCAGCAGGAGAAGGACAUGAAUAAAAUCACUGGGAAGACAAGGUAAAACUGCGAGGCAAGUGAUAAGUGGAAGACAGAAAUAAGUGCUGCAAAGUUGCAUAUGUUGGUCAGGGAAGUGUCUGGAAAGAUCAUGUGGUGUCGUACACUGCUAGCAGAAGGUGUCAAGGAAUAUAUUUCAUCACCUCUCCUGGCUUGUUGCAGGGACUGGUGUGUGCAACAUGAGGUUUCCAUAAAAUAUUCAAGUUUUCUUCUCAGUAUUUUUGAGUGAAUUAAACAACAUUUAAUGGGAGGGGAUUGGCAGGGCAGCUGACAGGGGUUUUUUUCCUGUUACGUGACAGUAGAAAGGCACCAAGAGCAAAGCACUUUUUUCACUGGAUCUCCCCACAGACUCCCCCUGAGGUUUGUUUCUGAGGAGAUGUUUUUCAGCUGGGCCUGGCUGUUUACCAUCCCCUGGGGAGAAGACAGCACCGACUGACCAAGCUGGCUGGGGAGCAGCACCCUGCACCCUCUCUCUGAGACCCAGCCCUGCAGAGAAGCUGUGCUGUCAUGGUACCAGGAACAUCAAGGUGGGGAGCACACCGUGUUAAUUCAAGGGGUUCAUGAGAGUUCUCCAGCUGUCAUUUCAGUUGAACCAGCAGACCUCCUGGACCUCCAAGGCCCUCAGGAUCUCCUCUCACUCCAGCAGCUGAAAUAAUUCCCCUUUUUGCACCAGGACUUCAUCAGUUUAGGAGAUAGCUGGUUGAAUAUGAAAUUAUGCACUUACAAGGAAAAUCUUGUAUUUUUUUAACUUCAAUUCAAUCUGCCUAGAAGCCAUAGUGCUCAUGGCUCAUGUCACCCAUGAGCUGAGCCAGCAGCUGUAGCCAAGAGAUCCAGGAGAGUCCCAGCUGGGGGCCAUGGCAGGAGCGCUGCUCCCAGAGCCUCUCCUGUCACAUCUCUCCUUUUCUCUACUGUUUUCUUGCUUAUCCCUCCUCCUGGGGCACUGUGAUGUGAGGCCAAGUUCUCACCAGUCCAAUCAUCUUGUCCUUGUCCCCUGGCCAUAAAUAGGCCAGAGGGAGGGGACAUGCAGCCUCUGACCCCACUCCUGCAAGCACCUGCCUUCUGCUGGCUGGGUGUCGCAGGUUCUGCAAUGUUUCCCCAAGUUCCUGAUUUAUUCCCCAUUCCACUGUCUUCCCAGUGUUGUGUUAUUGCCAGUACUCAGUGUUCAUUCUCUAAUGAGGAAAGCCUAUAAAGACCAUUCAAUUAAGUCAGAUUUAACAGGAAUUACAGGCUUAUAGUCUUAGAGAUUAUAUUUAAGAGGCAAUAAAGAUGUUUGAUUACCAUGUUGUGAGACUCUUUCCCAGUUACUCUGUAUUUCAACUUCAAGAGUUUUUUUUAAUAAACAAAUUUUUAAAAAAUCUGCAAAA